AUGGAAAAUAACUUAACGAAUUGGAUCUUCAAAAAACAAGAAUAUGAAAAAUACACUCCUUCACGGAGGGAAGGGAUGCCGCCACGGGAAGAGAAUUAUAAAAGAGCCAAAGGUGUCAAAUUUAUUCUUGAAGUCUCUUAUGACCUUAAACUGUAUCCUUAUAAUUUAACCCUAGCAAAUUGUUUUGGCUUUUAUAAUUUUAUAUACGAUUUAUCUUUAACUCUCUCUCAACGAGUUUCAUCAUUAUGUAAGAAUGUCGAUCUUCCUUAUACAUGUAAAUCUGAGGAAACCACGAGAAAAAUGAGCGAAGUGGCCAUGGCUUGUGCAAAGACUGCAAGAAAGGACAAGAAUCUCAAAGAUGAAAAAGAAUUCGAAAAAUGGCACCAUACAAUAACAAAACGAGAACCAACCAUAGCGGCGACCUUAUGUUUCGAUUUAACUUUAGACCAUCCGUAUCCACAUCUUAUAAAAAUAAUUCGAGAACUUGAAGGUGACAUAGAAAUUCGCAAGGCAAUUGCGGGUAAAGCUUGGUCAAUAAUUAAUGAUAGCAUAAUUGCAAGCGCAGCGAUUUUCAUUGCAUCAAAGUUAGCUAAUGUUCAAUUAAAUGAGAUAACCAAACAAGGGACUUUAUGGUGGAGGGUUGCACAAAUCGACGUUUACGAAGUAUCAGAGGCAGUAGAUGAAAUAUUACGCCUUUAUCAGAUUCGUAAACCGAAACUGGUCAAAAAAAAGAACGGUGAAUCAAAACAUCCUCUUGAGGAUGCAGAAAUUGUUGUAGAAAAUCCUUAUGAGGAUCUUUCAGAGAAUUGUACUCCACAGAUAGGGCAACAAAGUCAAAGUCCUGAUGUACAAAUUGAAGAAACACCCAAUAAUGAAACACCGACAGAACAUGAUGAUGAAAUGGAAGAUGGGCAAAUUUUAGACGAAGUAAAUGGAACAGAGCAGCACUUAGGAAAUGCGGAACCAAACGGGAACACAGGGAUGAUUUUGGAUUCCAAUGACGAAGAUCAACAUUUAAACUGA